CGGCGGGCGGAGCGGGCCGGAAGCGGGGGUUGCCGCGGUAACGGCGGAGCGAUCUCCGCGAGGGGCGGUGGCCGGCGGGAGGCGAGGCGAGGCGAGGCGAGGCGAGGCGGUGGGCUGACAUGGUGCCCAGCAAGUGCCGGCCCGCUAGGGGCUCGCGGGCCGCGCCCGGCCCGGUUAAUAAUUGUGGUCUUCAGCUGGUUAUCCAGACCUCCUCAAUACCUGAUAAAAACAAACCAUUUGAAUUCAGGAUAAAUAAAGAGCAGUCAUCUUUCCACAAUAGACUUCUGCAGCAUGAUCUGGAAAAAAGCUAUUCAGGAAGGCAAGGAGACCCAAGAGUAUUAAGUCCUUUGGUGCGUAAUAAGCAGAUCUAUCUUCCAGUGCCAUCCAAUCUGACUGAACUUUCUGGUUUGGAGUUGAAGCAAGAUACAGGUUCUUUAUCAGGAUUUGUGGAGUCGUCUAUACAUACAAAAUCCAGAUCGCGACAAAGCAGUCAGGGUAUUAGUUCACAGGCUUCAGAAAACACAAAUUUUGGGAGCAGUUCAUCAAUAACAUUUCCUAUAUUGCAACGUACCGCUGAAGAAAAAAUACUGAACUCUGAUAGACUGACCCUUGAAAGGCAAAAGCUGACAGUGUGCCCAGUUAUUGAUGGGGAAGAUCAUCUUCGCCUCUUGAAUUUUCAACAUAACUUCAUAACCCGGAUCCAAAAUAUCUCAAAUCUACACCAUCUUGUUUUCUUAGAUUUAUAUGAUAACCAGAUAGAGGAAAUAAGUGGUCUUUCUACUCUGAGAUCCCUAAGAGUCCUUUUGUUGGGGAAGAACAGAAUAAAGAAGAUCUCAAAUCUGGAGAACCUAAAAAAUCUUGAUGUUUUAGACCUUCAUGGAAAUCAGAUUACUAAAAUGGAAAACAUCAACCAUUUGAGUGAACUGAGAGUAUUAAACCUUGCCAGAAACCUACUAUCCAUUGUAGAAAAUCUUAAUGGACUGGAUUCUCUCACAGAGCUCAACCUUCGUCAUAAUCAAGUCUCUGCCAUAAAAGAUGUGGAUACUUUGCCCCGUCUCCAGCGUCUGUUCCUCAGCUUCAACAAUAUAUCUAGUUUUGAGGAUAUUCUGUGCCUUGCUGAUUCCUCAUCUUUGUCAGAUAUCACCCUUGAUGGCAAUCCAAUAGCUCAGGAGACAUGGUACAAACACACUGUUCUCCAUCAUAUGAUGCAGCUCCGACAGCUAGAUAUGAAGAGAAUCACAGAAGAAGAAAGACGCAUGGCAUCUGUUGCAGCAAGGAAAGAAGAAGAAAGGAAACGUGAAAGUCAUAAACAAAGCUUGAUUAAGGAAAAGAAACGGUUAACAAUUUGUAAUAUUGCUCGCCAGUGGGAGAUACAGCAGAAUCGAACAGCUCUUGUGGCUUCUUUAAACCAAGAUAAAGAUAAUGAACCCUGUCAGAUCAAUGGCAGUACUGCAUAUGUGUUUCCUGAAGAAAGCAGGUCUCUUGAUACAAUAUUGAGCAGUGCUGUACAAGGCUUGUCUGUUCUUGAUUCUCAUUUGGUGGAAGUGGAAGGAGACACUCUUUACUUGUAUGGUUCUGGAGCACUGGAGUGCCUGGAUCGAAACUGGAGUGUUCAAACAGCUGGAUCUGUUGUCACAGUCUCCUUUAUGUUCAUGGAAUUUGAUGAAAUUGUUCAAGUGUUAACAAAACUGAGGUUAAAAUUUCCUAAUUCUGUGCACCUGAAGUUUAAGGAGACAAAUCUUUUGACACUGAAGCAAUUCAAUGCAUUAGGCCAGGUGCAUCGCAUUGAACAGUUAACAGUUGAUCCUCAGGGAAAUCCAGUCGUCAGUUUUACUUUGUGGAAAUACUAUGUUCUGUUUAGACUGAACCAUCUUAAUCUACAGAAGAUAAAUGGAAUUGAGGUUACUCAAAACGAUACAGUAAUGGCGGAAAGACUCUUUGGCAUUCUGGCAUAUGUAGCAUCUUCUGAGCUGCCACAUUAUCGCAUGCUUUCGUUAUUUGGAGAAUCUAGAAUGAAGCAAUUCCAUGAUCUGCUGGAGGGAAAGGGAAAGAAAUCUGGGGUUGGAAUUGAGGAAAAUAGUGAUAACAGGAGAGCUGGAGGAGAAAGCACAGCUCGAGCAAUAUUGAAUUAUACAGCAAAGAAUGUUCAUAUGGAAAAGCUUGAGGAAAUCAAGGAAAGAAAAACAUUUUGCCAAACAUAUGUGGAGAACUUAGUGAAAGAAGCUGCGGACAUCCAUAUGAAAAAUGAGUCCUUGCAGAAGCUCUGGCCUCAAAUGUUCAUUGAGCUUGUCAGAGAUGCAGUGAUAGAAAUACGCAAUAAAAAUUCCUACAUGAAACUCUGCUUACAGAGGAUUGCUGAUCAAAAACAGUAGAGUCAAGGCCUGUUGUCUUGCAGGCUUUUGGUUUCGGUAUUUAUUGUAUGAUGUUUCACAAAUUUAAAAUGAUAGAAUAUAAAAUUACUGUCUGUAUGGAAUAAUUUAUUUUUUUUAGCUCCCAGAAGUGUUAUCUUUAAAUCUUAAUUAACUCUGUCAUCUUAGCUUUCUUGAUAGUGUUCAAUUAAAAGUUGACCUGCAUAAAACUUUAACAGUGAUUUCCUGGCUACAAUGAAGAGACUGCAUAGAAAUAACUUGGUGAUGGUGAUUAUGCCAUAUGUCACUAAGUUUGUGUUUGUUUUUUUUUCCUGCUACCCUUGCUUCUGUAGUACUAUACCAUUGAUGAUAAGGAAUAAAUUUACAAUCUGUUUGCCAUAUUUUUUUUAUUGAACACUUCCUGAUAGUCAACUUUUUGACUAUUUCCUGCUGUUUAAAAAAAAAAAAACAGAACACAAAUAGUAGCAGAUUUUUUUAUGAUUAAAAAGUAAUAAAUUAUUGUUUUUAUACCCCGAGCUUGAUGAAUAUUUUAUAUGAUUGAGUUUGUCAGAUGAUAGAACACGUUUUCAGAUCGAUUCCAUGACAGUUCUCAGUAUAUCAACAUUUAACGAACCUAUUUCUCAAUUGAACAAAUUGCCCAAACUUGAUUUCAAGUUUAUUUCAUUACUUUUAUUGCUGUUAGUUUGUGUGAAUUGUUAUACAUAAAAAAGGAAUUUAGGGUAUACCUACUUAAGCUUUAUUUUUAUUCUUUUAUAAAUUGUUAAUAGUACUUAUUUAUUGACUAUUAAAUGCUUAAUGGGGUGGGUGGGUUUGAAUUAAGGUCAAAUGAACUAAAACGUAUGCAUUCAAUAUAGUAAGGAAACUGAUGAAUGUUAUUUGUAAUCACUGGCACCUGUUUUGUUUCUGUGGCUGUGUGAGAAUUUCUGACUGUUAUCAAUAAACACAAA